CGCAAAGCGCGGGUUACUAUAUAUGGUAUAUUAUUGUUUAGCUUACUUCGAAAACUGCUAUCUAUUGAGUGAUCAUGAAUCUUUGUGGAUUCUACACCUGACUACUACAUUGUACCUCUGAAUUUUCAGAGUAGCUCAUAAUUAGGGACAUAAUUUGAGCAUAUCAAAUCUGCUCUUGCAAUCCCGCAAAAGGGUUUUCGUCGACAAAAUCUUCAUCAUCAUCCUCUUCAAGAACCUGUUCAUUACGUUUUUGAUUCCUCGAAGCCUGUGGUCGACCUUCCAUCAGCCUUCACAAUACAGCCUCCAUCUAAACUCGUAUUGAUUCAUAGAUCUCCAACUGAAAGUUGGCAAAUGCUCCCCGUAAGACUUCCGCUUGGUCAUCAAAUCGUUUCUGAAGAACCUUCUUAGGCGAGAAUGGUUAGGAUUCUUUGUAUCUGAUACCAACUGUCGCAGCAGCGUAUUGGGAUAAUCAAAGAAGCUGUAAUCAAACUCUGAUUAAGUUCUUCGACGACUCUAUUCAUAAUAGAGAAAUAUAAUUGUGAUUUGUCAGAGAAAAAAUCUCUUGUUUAUUAAAUGAAAAACCAAAUCUUAGAAGAUCACAUACGUUCUCCUUUAUAACACCAACAGAAUAUUGAUCAUAAUCUAACGAGACUAAUGAAAACUAACAAUAAUCUUUAGCUUCUUAGGUUGAAACAUAUACGUACAUAUACGUAUUCAACUUAAGACUUAUCCGUAUUUAAAGAAAUUAAGAAGAAUUAAAAAGAAAACUAAAAACCAGAUAGAAAUCGAACUUGUUAAUAAAUGUGUUACACUUGCCAGUAGAUAGUUUAAGAGAGAACUGAGAAAGUCCAGAGAAACCCUAACCAGAAAGUACCAACCUCAAUUAUACUCUAUAGUCUCUCAGUCCUAGAGUAUGAUUAUUGGGGGUUCUUAGAGUGGGGUUCUUAGCAGAAUAUAAGAACCCGUCUCUUAACUUUUAACUAAAAAAGUUAAGAACCGGCUCUUAAAACUCUUAUUUAAGAAAUUGAAGACUUCCAGGACCUGUUUGACGUGUUGCUCGUUGAAAAUUCCGAGUUUCAGAAAUCAGUGAGAGCUGGUGAGGCCAUGAUGAAACGCCAUGAGAGUAGAAUUGAAGAGAUGGAAGAUGCAAUCGCACAUUGCGAAGAGAAGACCUCAGAAUGCAUUAGGGAACUAAGGAGCAUAAAAGCUUUGUUUGUGUGUUGUUUGGUGAUGGUCUUCAUGUACCAUACCUAUGCAUGAUGUUCAACUAAGGCAGCAAGUUCACGCCCAACUACUUUUAUGUGCUUCUUCAAUUUGUUGUUCUUUUUUUUCAAAGAAGUUAAAACCAUGUUUCUUGUUAUUUUUUUGGUGAUCAUCAUCUACUGAAACUAAUUAUUUUGCAAAUACUUUGGUUGUUACUAGCAUAAAUCGAUUUGUCUCAAGAGUUUAGCAACUACCAAAUUGUCAAAUGGGUUCUUAAACAGAAGAUCAAAUUGUUUCAAGAGCAAUAAGAAAAAAAACCAGAGACAGUUGAACACACAUAACAAACUAGAUGGGUAAAUCGCAUGUUCCUCUCUUGUGUACUUCGGUUCCACAACGGCUACACUUAUGCUUUUUAUUCUUUCUUGAUCCUUGAGAAGAUUUUAUCUUGUCUUCUACUGAUUCAUACCUUCUCUUUAUUGGUCGACCAGCAAUCUUUCUUGUCUUUGGUGGUAAAACCUUUGCAAGUUUAACCUCAGCUGGGACAUUCCAUUCAAACUCUAGAACUGCUAUUGGAUUAAUGCAUUCUGCAUAGGCGGUUCUCCACGCUGCAGUGCUGUAUAAGGCGUCAGUAAAUCUAUGCACUUCCAUACCUGUCAAUCUAAAAAAAAACGUGAUCAAUAUGAAGUCUAUAUGCUGAAAAUCCCGAAAAUAAAUAGGUCUCAAGUAUGCAUGUGUUUACACUUCCAUACCUCGUGAAUAAAUUGCAGGAAUGGCGUGGCGGCAUGGAAUUUUUCCUAUAUCAUACUUCCCACAUGUGCAUGUUCUUCUUUUGUCUUGAAAAAUGCAACCACAUUAGUCAAUAAGUGAUGAAUACAAAUUUCAUGUGCUGAUCGAGGGUAGACAGUCCCAAUAGCUUUAGAAAUAGACGCAUUUCUAUUUGAGACAAAAGCUAGGUCUUGACAAUCAGCAAUAACCAUUUUCAACUGUCUGAAGAACCACCCCCAUGAAUCGUCAUUCUCUGAAUUAACAACCCCAAAUGCAAUCGGAUACAAAUUAGAGUUACCAUCUACAGCAGUAGCAACAAGAAGUGUCCCUUUGUAUUUAUUUUUCAGAAAAGUUCUAUCAACGACAAUCAUCCUUCGCAUUGCAUCGUAGGAUGUCUCAAUGUAAACAUCUAAAACAUUUCCUAUUUGUCCACGUGUAUAUAUACCUUUUUGCUUGAUAGAAUAUGUUUCAUACUUAAAUCAACUCUCUCUUCUUUCCCUUCAUCCGAUUCUCAGCUUUUUCCCAGUGAAUUAUAAACCAACAUUCUUUAAAUUCUUUAAUUUAAAUGAUUAGUUGUCAAAUAAAUAAAAAUUGAAAUGAUUCAUAGUAUUACUUUCAGAGAAACAAAUAGAAUUUAUAAAUAAUUUUGACCGUAAUUUAAAUUGCGAUGAGCUGUAAUUUAGGAUUUAAUCCCUUUUAAAAAGAUUUUGUUUUUAAAAGGUAAGAAAUCGACAGAAGAAGCCACUGAGAAACACGUAGACUCUGGUGAUAAGCUUCUUCCAUUCGCUAGUGAUAAAAUCAAGAAACAUAAACAUAAACUAUGUAACCGAAGAAAAAUAAACGAAGACGAUCAUUACAUGCGUGAGUUUUACCUUCCGUUUUUUCAGUUAAGGUCAAGGUGAUGCAUCAUUUUCAUCGGUUGUAAAGUUUCGCUCCUGGUGCUUCUGAUUGUGCAUUUUUUGACUUCUUGUGGAGGUGUUUAGGUUUUUUUUUUCUGCAAGCCUACAGAUCUCUUUGGCUUUUGUCUGUGUAGAAAGUAGAAACUGAUUUUAAGAACAAGCAUUUGUAGGAUUUUGUUGAGUAUAAUAUAUGGAUUUAACUCGUCUGGGUUUCGAUUUGAAAACCUAUAGUCUUUGUGUAGUAUGCCCGGCUAAUAUGCUCGUCUUUCAUUAUUAUUUAUUAUUUAUUUUCAUUUUUGGGUGACACUUUGAUGACGGGAACAUAAACUUCUGCUAAUAUGUCUCCUCUUUCAUAGCAAUGGAAAAUUACAGGAGGGACAUUAUCAGCCAGUUGCCAGAUGAUCUGCUCUUAAGGAUACUGUCGUCACUUUCUCUUAAGGAAGUGAUGGCAACGAGUUUCUUGUCCCGACGGUGGCGGUCUUUAUGGAAGUUGGGGUCUAAACUCAAGAUUGGUGAUAAAGACUUCAGCGAGUUGCUUGUCAAAUGGGUUUCCAGAUCUUUGGCUAUUAGUAACCCUCAGAUUCUAAAGAGCUUGGAUUUAAAGCUUAUCCCAGGUGAACUUGAUAGAAAUAUAAACUCUUUUUAUAGGUUCUCCUCUUUGGUUGAAACCGCAGUUUCUUGCGGUUUGAGAGAGUUGAGAAUCGAGUUUCUUUACACAUCACUAGAACUGCCGAGUAUCUUCUAUGCCUGUGGGACCCUCGAAACCUUGAUACUCUGCAGGCUACAUUUCGCGGAUGUUCCGCCUAAUGGUUCCUUGUCGUCUCUCAAAACUCUUCGCCUUUUAUCCGUCAAGUUCUCACGCGACGAAUCUGUUCAGAAGCUUCUAAGCAUUUGUCCAGUUCUUGAAGAGUUGGUUGUAAGACGAUCCGGAUAUUCCAAUGUGGAGAUCUUCACUAUCAAUGUGCCUAGUUUGACGAGUUUAUCGAUUGAUUAUUUACGUGCGGGAUCUCAUCAACCCGCGGGUGUUCAUGGAUUUGUCAUAAAUGCUCCUACCUUAAGGUACCUGAACAUUAGAGACCGUCACAGUAACUAUUUGCUGUUCACAAAUAUGCCGGUGCUGGUCAAGGCGAAUGUUGAGGCUGUUUGUGAUCAAUCCGAGAGUCUAAUAGGAUCUCUUGCCUCAGUCCGCCAUCUCUCUUUGUGUUCUAAAUUUUCAAACAUUCCAUACCAUGCAGGCACUUCCUUUGCCUUUCUUGAACAUCUAGAGCUGUGUACUUGUUCUUCUGAGUGGUGGAAUCUACUUUCCUUCAUAAUCACAGACCCCCUAACCCUUCGAGUUCUCAAGCUUAAGUCGGUAUGUAGUAUUCAGUUUCCUUAAUCUGUGUGUUUUUUCCUUUUUCUCAAAUGGUCUAUAGCGCUAACACCUACUUUGUGCAUCUCAGAUACAUCGCGCCCAUUAAUGGUUCAUUGGAACAAGCAGACUUUUGUUCCUGAAUGUUUGUUAUCGCAUCUCAAGAAUUUGGAAUGUAAACAUUUAAAGGCACAAAGCUAAACAAGUGGCCAAAGUAUAUCUUAGCAAACGCUGGUCUUCUGAAAUUAUCUUGUCAACAUGUUUUCGACCUUUUUUUAAUUGAAUGUAAAAUUGAUUCGAAUGAGAAACUCAUUUCUAUAUUAAGUUCAACAUGUCACUGAAUUUGGAGUAU